CGUAUGAGGAAAUUGUACAAUCUUCAAUCUACAAAAAACUCUUGAGUUGGGCAAUGGGCGAAGAACCUCCCCCUGAUCUCAUUGUCAUUGGAUAUUCUACAUGGAUGUCGCUACUGCUGCAUCAUCCAACGAGAGGUCGCCCAACCCUAACACUCAUGGACGACCAAUGGAGGAUCCACGCUGCUGUGUUACGCAUGUUAUUAAACAUGCGUGAAAAUACUCGGGUGCUGUUCCUCGCCCAAAAUAUACACAAGCAACAUGCCGUAGUUGAAAAAUUGUGGUUCCACAAUGAAAAGUCUUCGCAAGAUCAGUGGCUUUAUUUCUCCGAGCUUGGAUGGUUGAACCUUAGAACGAAGUUCACUUCUAAUUACGUACCUAACUACACGCGGAAAAACAAAAGUUAUUUCUGGAGAGCCGUUUUCGCAUCACGUAGAAAUGCAGUUUCAUCUCCAAAAAAUUCCAUUCCGUUUCAAGGUCGUUUCAAAAUGCUUACUGAGGAAAAGCCGAGCAUUACUGAUGGAUCUGACGAAAGUCACCAGAUAUUUCAUUCUGAUGCCGAGGGGCAUGCAGACGUUUGGUUCUGGGACUCGACUCUGCCGCUGUCAUUCGCAUUGUUACGCGAUUGUGAUACGUUAUUCAAUCACGAUCCAAUGUCAGCCAAAAUGAUAGCUUUAGCUUACAAUAUUGAUGCAUACUCUCAUCUUACUUACGUGUAUGGUUUGCUACAAAAGCUAAAUGUAUCGCGUGAUGAUUUUUUCCAGCGCGUAAAUCGCCUCUCUGAUAAAGUUCACGCCGAUCAUCUGUUUUUUCAACUUCGGCCGAACGCUGAGAAGAAUAGCAACACUUUCUUCCGUCAAAUGAAAACAUACCCGGGUAAUUGGAUAGUGAAUAUUUCUGGAUCUUCAGUGAAAUCCCAGGAAGAGUUCGUGAAUAAACUAAAUGAAUACUAUGACACAUUUGCCACGGCAUAUUCAAUGCCUGAUUUGUAUUGCCGAGAUCUCACUCACGCAGGGUACCUCGUGAAACAAGUCGAAGCUAUGCAAAUCUUAAACAUGAUUUGCAAUCAGUUCAUGGAUCUGGAUCAUAACUACUGUUGUAAUAAUAAUAAUCCUUGAUGAUGAUACUUACGAAUUUGGGCGGGGGAUAUUUAAUCGUUAUGAUGAAUUUCAGGUCAUAUGAAAAUCUACAAUCGAAAGCCAACUACCUCAAGACAGUUAACGGUGAGUGAGGUGACAUUUCCUCACAACUGAUGUACAAUUUCCCAAUGUCGAUAAACCGUGU